AUGAGCGGCCCAAUCCCGGAUGCCUCCCAAGGCGAAGCGCAAAACAAUGGGGUCGAAAAAGAAGCCGUAGUCUUCAGUCGAAGUGACGAGGAUGUCGCUGCCCAGACCACCGUCGGCCUACAGCGCCAGCUCAAAGCCCGUCAUCUGAGCAUGAUAGCACUUGGAGGAGCACUGGGAACAGGUCUGGUCAUUGGCACAGGUGCUGGCUUGGCUCGAGCCGGUCCGGCUCCCAUUCUCAUCACCUACUCCCUCGUCGGCUUCGUCGUCUACCUCGUCCUCGGCGCUCUCGGAGAGAUGGCCACCUGGAUUCCCCUCGAGAGUGGCUUUUCUGGAUACACGUCUCGAUAUGUCGAUCCGGCCAUGGGCUUUGCUGUUGGCUACUGCUAUUGGUUCAAGUACCUCUUCCUCCCGCCUGCUCAGCUGACUGCUGCCGCCCUCGUUCUGGAAUACUGGGUUCCGCGCGAGCGUGUCAAUCCCGGCGUCUGGAUUGCCAUCUUCCUCGUCGUUAUCGUCUUCAUCAAUCUUUUUGGCGUCGCUGUCUUUGGCGAGAUGGAGUUCUAUCUUAGUGCCAUCAAGAUUUUGGUCGUCCUCGGAAUUCUCAUUCUCUCCCUCAUUCUCGUCUGCGGCGGCGGUCCGAAUCAUCAUACCUACGGCUUCCACUAUUGGUCCAAACCUGGAGCGUUUAAUCCUUACAUCGGGAGCGGAAAUUCUGGUCGCUUUCUCGCCAUUCUUUCUGUCCUCGUCACCGCAACUUACGCCUUUCUCGGCACCGAGCUGAUCUGCAUUACAUUCGGCGAGGCCGCGAACCCGCGACGAAACAUCCCGCGCGCCAUCCGUCUGACGUUCUACCGCAUUCUCGUCUUCUAUAUUCUCUCUAUCCUCUUUCUUGGCAUGCUCGUUCCCUACAGCUCCGAUAAACUCAAGACUGCCAUCUCGAAAUCCACGUCUGCAGACGCCUCGCCCUUUGUGGUGGCCUUCAGAAUUGCUGGCGUCAAAGUUAUUCCCGGAUUCCUCAACGCAUGCUUCCUCAUCUUCGUCUUUUCCGCUGCCAACUCUGACCUCUACAUCGCGUCUCGAACCAUCUACGGUCUGGCCGCUGAGGGACUCGCACCCCGGUUCCUCGCCCACACCACUCGAAACGGUGUCCCCAUCUACUCAUUACUGCUCUCGAGCGUGUUUGCCUGCAUUGGCUUCCUCAAUGUUCACACUUCGUCUGCUACUAUUUUCAACUACUUCACCAAUCUGGUAACCGUCUUCGGGAUCCUCACCUGGAUCUCGGUGCUGGUGACGCAUAUCUUCUUUGUGCGCGCACGUCGGGCACAGGGAAUUCCCGACUCGUCCCUCAAUUAUGUCGCACCAUUUGGACUCUGGGGAACAUAUGGUGGCCUUGCCGUGUGCAUCUUCAUUGCCUUAUGCAAAAACUACAGCGUCUUUGUUCACUCGUCUAAGACAAGCGGUCAUUACGGCAACUUCGACUAUAAGAACUUCAUCACUGGCUAUCUGGGUAUCCCGAUAUAUCUUGUCAUGCUUUUUGCGUUCAAGUUCAUCAAGAAAUCUAGAGGUGUCGGGCCCCGUGAGGCAGAUCUGUUCAGCGGUAAGAAGGAGGUUGAUGACGAGGAGAUAGAGUAUCUAGAGCUGGAGAAGCAAGCUGCGAGGGCCAGAGGGACAAACGUUUCGAGGAUGUACAGAUUUGUUUCAUGGCUAUUUUAG